UCGUCAGUCGACUUCGAGACUCGGGCCGGUGCGCAUCGUGUCUAGUUAUCGCGUACCUCGUACCAUCGUGUCGUCGUCGUCGUCGUUGUGUCGUGUGUACAAUCGUCCAGACACAUCGUGCAGGCGCCGUGCAUGUACACGAACGUUCUCGUGCGCGCACACGUCUCGCGGUCGUUUCGUUACGUGCACACGUCGAAAUCUCGUUCCGUGUUUGUGGCGACGUAACGUGCUUCGUCAAGUGAAAGUGGAACGGGCCAUCGCACGAAGAGACAUUUCCAUGGAUCAGAUCGAAUCGGAUCGACAAGAAGGUGUCGGCAAAGGAAACAAAUCAUUGGCCGGUGCCGGUGAAGCGGUGACCGAGCCGGGUCGAGCCGAUGUUUACGACGAUGCGUCAUCAGUCGUUCGGUUGAACCAGGUUCGCCAUAGUCGCCCCGGAAGUGAUGCAGUAAGGGUGGUUGCGGAGCAGAGGCAACAAGGAGACGCCCAGAGUUUCUCCGAGAUGGAGUGUUGCGAGGUAGCGAGCACCGUGAAGAAUCCGGAGCACGAGAGCGGCUACUUCGAAGACGGCAGCGACGUCGAGAACAUCGUCGAGGAGGCGGUUGUCGCCGAGGAAGCGAAGGGCGGUUCUACGUGUUAUGGCCUGGCCAAGGCCAUCGACGGCCUAGACGUCAGGGAUUCCGCUGGCGAGCCAGCCGAACACUUCGAGGACAGACUCAAUAGAGUGAACCUGACAGACAGCGGAGGGCAGAGAGUAGACAUGACGCACUUCGACUUGUUGAAGGUCCUUGGAACCGGAGCAUACGGAAAGGUGUUUCUGGUGAGGAAGAGGAUAGGCACCGACGCUGGUCGUCUUUAUGCCAUGAAAGUCCUGAAGAAAGCGUUCAUCGUGCAGAAGAAGAAAACGACGGAGCAUACGAAGACAGAAAGACAAGUUCUGGAGGCUGUACGGGACAGCCCUUUUUUAGUAACGCUCCACUACGCGUUCCAGACGGACGCGAAGCUUCAUUUGAUAUUAGAUUAUGUCAGCGGAGGAGAACUGUUUACGCAUUUAUAUCAGCGGGAGCACUUCACCGAGGACGAAGUGCGGAUUUACAUAGGCGAAAUUAUUUUGGCGCUGGAACAUUUGCACAAGCUGGGAAUCAUCUACAGGGAUAUAAAAUUGGAAAACAUUUUAUUGGACGGUGAAGGACAUAUCGUACUAACGGACUUCGGUCUGAGCAAAGAGUUCCUGCCGCACGAAAGGGACAGCAACGCUCGCGCCUAUUCCUUUUGCGGAACCAUAGAGUAUAUGGCACCGGAAGUGGUACGAGGGGGCUCUGCGGGCCACGAUUUUGCGGUGGACUGGUGGAGCGUGGGCGUGCUCACGUACGAAUUGUUGACCAGCGCCUCUCCUUUUACGGUCGAAGGGGAGAAGAACACCCAGCAGGAUAUCUCCCGAAGAAUCCUGAAGACGGAUCCGCCGAUCCCGAGCCACCUGAGUCACACGGUUCGGGACUUCAUCCUGCGACUGCUGAUGAAGGACCCACGGCAGAGACUGGGCGGCGGUCCGAACGACGCGAAAGAGUUGAAGGACCAUGCGUUCUUCCGUAAAGCGCCGGCACCGUUCAGCUGGAGCGCCCUGGAAAAACGGCAGAUCUCUCCUCCGUUCGUUCCGCGGAUCACCCACGAGCUGGACACCAGCAACUUCUCCGACGAAUUUACGAAAAUGAUCGCGGCCGACAGUCCAGCGGUGGUUCCGCCGAACUACGACAAGCUCUUCAGAGGCUACUCGUACGUGGCGCCGUCGAUCUUGUUCGGCGAGAACGUAGUUAGCAAGGACAUCUUCAAGGAGGCUACAAAGACCAACACCGAGUCCCAGAGACCGUCCACUUCGGACGUCCUGGCUAGCAGAUUCGAAGAAUCCACCUUCUUCCAAAGUUAUGAGAUAGAUCCUCGCGAGGAUGCGCUCGGGGACGGCAGCUUCUCGGUCUGCCGCAAGUGCAGGCACAGGAAAACGCAGCAGGAGUUCGCCGUGAAGAUCGUCAGCCGAAGAGUCGAUUGCGGCAGAGAAGCCAGCCUGCUGAGGAACUGCCAGGGCCACCCGAACGUGGUCAAGCUGGUGGAGGUGCUGCAGGAUAGAGCGCACACCUACGUGGUGAUGGAGCUGUUGUCCGGCGGAGAGCUGCUCAGUAGACAGAGGCCGUUUACCGAGCUGCAGGCGAAUAAGAUAAUGCGCCAGCUGGCUUCCGCGGUACGGUUCAUGCACUCGAGGGGCGUCGUGCACAGAGACUUGAAACCCGAGAACAUAGUGUUCGCGCACAUGGGGGAGGACUCGCCGGUGAAGAUCGUCGAUUUCGGCUUCGCGAGAGUGAAGCGUGGAUGUGAACCUUUGCAUACACCAUGUUUUACCCUACCUUACGCCGCGCCGGAGGUCGUGGCCAGGCAAGGCUACGACCAGAGCUGCGACCUGUGGAGUAUGGGUGCAAUUUUGUACUCGAUGCUGUCCGGGAAGCCUCUGUUUAGAAUCGGCUCGACGGACCUGAUCACUAGAACCAGGGCGGAGGAGGUCGAUUUCGAAGACGAGACGUGGAGCAACGUGUCCAACCUGGCCAAGCAGGUCGCGAAGGGCCUGUUGACCGUCGAUCCCAACAAAAGACUGACCGCGAACGGGCUGGCGAACCACCCGUGGCUAGCCGAACCUAGUACUUCCGUCGACAUGGCCACGCUCGACAGCAACACGAACGCCAGUCUCCUGGAGAAGCCAGAGGGCUUCCGGCUGCGAGAGGUAGACGGGGCGAGGCUCGCCCAGCGCCGGAAGCUGCAUAAACGCUCGACUUCCAGCUCGGUGUCCUCCUCAGCAUCCACGACCUCGUCCAGUCCCUCGAUGCAACAGCUGCGACCGCCGAGCGUCGCAACAAAUCAUGCGACUUCCGCCUCGCCAGCUCAACCUAGUGUAUUCGAUUUCGGCGAGGACAAGGUGAACGAGUAUCUCAGUUCGUUAUCGUCUUCCUCGGACUCCAAUUCCCCGCGGAUGCAACAGGAAGUGACCAAGAAACGACGUAAGAGAGACAACGACGACGACGAAGCCAAGUCCAAGCGAUACAAAAAACAUGCUGACAGUGAAGUCUACAAAAGCAGAACCGGACCCGUGACCCGGUCCAGAAAGAGAAAACUGGAGGAGCAGACUGUCAACGGUGGCGACGACCUGGCAGUUUCGGUCGGUUCUCACACCGAUCCCAGGGACGUCCAUCGCAAACAAAAGGCCGGGAAACGGCCCAAACGGUUAGCGACCAUCAUCGUGGAGUAGAUCGUGUUCCCACUUCGAAUCGGUUCGGCAGUUUUGCACCUCCUCGUAUCUCCUAUGCAUUUUCCACGUGAUGAUGAUGUUGACGAUGCUGUUGUUGUAACGUUGCUGCCUUCGAAGCUCACGCGUGAGCUAACCAUUUCUAUUUCAUUCCUAUUUCCGGAACUUUCCGCAGGGAGCACCCUUUCGAAUUUCGUGCGUUACAUGAUUCAGACAGGCUUCCGUUUCCGGAGACCCUGCGCCCAUACUAAUUACGGGUCGACGGUGUAUGGACGGUGCAUCUUGACGCGACGCGCAGAAUGAUUGAAAAGCGUCUUUAAACUGGGAACGAUAUUUUUUUUUUCCUGAAGAUUAUAACGAAUCUUUCACUAUGACGUGUCCAGCAGAACAUGUUUUCGGAAUCUGUGGCAGUUUAGAAUAAUUUUGCAACAAGUAACGUAGUCUAAGGAAUUCCGGAGACAGAGAUUCGACGGGAAAAGAGUGCCUAAUAGUAAGUAACACGUUUCAUUUCGCUAACUUCUAUACUCCGAUUAAACGAUGACGUAUUUGUUUCCGAGACGAUGCCAAGAGAUACGCGAUCGAUCCUUUUCGCCAAUCUGAACGCGUACUUGAUUCGCAAUGGGCUCCCCGCGCGACACCGUUCCUUAUCGCAAAUCUUUAAAUUAUUACAUACAUUUUAAUUUUAUGCUUACGGCAACGAUCGAGCAGCGCCGCCGUCGAACAUAGUUCUCCAAACACGAACGAAGGAACGCGAUUCCUUUUUUUUUUCACAUAAAGCAAAUUUUCUUUUCUUUUUGUGCUACUAUUCACCGUUCAUUUAAAACACAGCAAAGUUAUUGAUUUCUUCGAUCGAAGCCGGUGCAACGAAACAAUGCAAGAUUUUUAAAAAUCAACAAUGCCAAUUUUGAAUACAUUUUUUACCGAAUGUAACCAAUCACACCGCGAAUCUUCGUAUCUUCUCGAUUAUCUCCAAUUUAUUUUUUACCUCCUUGACAAAACAUGUUCGAGACUAACAAGUAUUUUCUAUGGCAAGCACUAUGUUCGACCAUAGCGCCGCAGUUUCGAUAUUACCGGGCAUACGUGUAUAUAAUACUAUAUUCUCCUAUCAAGCGUCACAGUUGUUGCGGAGGAACGUCGACGUUCCUGGCCCAAUCCUAACGCACUAGAUCCUCCUUCUCGUUGAUUCUUUCUUUCACGUUGUCUGUGAUGAACCGUAAAAACGUUGAACCGCUUCAUCGUUUCCCCCUGGGUGUGGUUCCCGAUGCCCGAAUCGCCUUCUACUCAGCCCCCCGACCCCCAUAAGAUACAGGAUGAUCCAUUAUCAGCGGCUAAGAUCCUCGAAAAUUAGAGUGGACGACUUUAGGAGAAACGUCCGGAAGCAUAGAAAACUUCUUUCUCCUUCCUUUUUCUCCAUUUUCAUUCGUCCUUCGUUUUCCUCGAAAUUCACCUGUGGUCUGAUAUUUUACUCCAGAUUAUCAAACUCUCGAAGAAUUUCCUUUUCGUCGACUUCACGCGGCUGUCCAGCCGAGAGUAAAACUCUCGACAGCUGCUCCAUAGUUCGGCGGACCCGUCAGGCCCCUUCCCCUUCCCCUUCUCCGCGGCUUGCCUAGCCGUAUGCGGGGUUUCUCGAGGCUCCAGCCGUACCAGGACCACUGUCGGAUAGCUAUUCUCACAAAGGGAAUCGCUUACUGCGAGAGUAGCUAUCUGGCAGUGGCCCUAGCACGAGCCUCGAGACUCCGCAUACGGCUUGGAAAGGCGCGAGGGAGGGUAAGGGGUAUACCAAACUAUGGAACAACUGGCGAGAGCUUUUCUCUCAGAUGGACAUCUGCCUUUGCAUAUCCUCUUUAUUUCGUCGUUGAUCCCACGCUCCUCCAAAGUCUUCCGCUCCGGGCAAUCGUCGAGAGAUACGGUGACCGCCGGCGAAAAAUAUAAACGAAACGUACGUUGCACGAAACGAUUUCCGAGGCAAUCGACCGUGAAUAUUCCUUAAGAGCGCGUGUCAUCGAGCAGAACUCGACGCCUGUGUCUGUCCAUCGCACGCCGCUUCUACUUACUAAGUUUCUAAAUGGCGGUCCUCGGGAAGUCCCUCGUUUCAAAACAAAAAAAAGAGAAUUUCGGCGCCUCCGGUCAUCCGUCUGGUCGAUCUGUUAGCGGACCAUCGUGUACGAUAAAAUGAGAGAGAGAGAGAGAGAGAAAGAGUGAGGAACGAAUCGAAAGAGGAAGAAGAGAGCCGAACGCGAGAACUCCCCGAAAAAAAUUAGCAAAAUGUGCCUCCGGAAGCUCGCCGACGACAGCGAGUGGAUGAAAAGACAAUUACACGUGGCGGCGAGACGCGCCCCCACCUCGAACGGGUCGUGAACGGCGAGGAAAACUUAUUUAUUUAACGAGAUAGCCGUGUACACGACUAAAAAAAAGAAUGCCUGGUGAGAGUGUAUGCGUCGGACGUGAGAAAGAGGGUGAGAACGAAAGGUACUCGCCGAUUUUACAGAGUACUCGAAACGGUUCUGUUCACGAGCAUAUAUCGACAAUGCUAUUCUUAUACAUUGAUUUUUAGUCCUGAAUCUUUAUAAAAAUAUUAUAUAUUGAAGUAUAUAUAUAUAUAUACACACAUAUAUAUAUAUAUAUAUACAUACACACACAUACAUACAUACACAAGUAAACACACUCUCACACACGCAUAUAGAUCAUAUGUACUUGUACACGAACGACACACGAGAACAUACAUGUGUACAUUAUUAUACAUAUAGGAUGUUAGAGAUUAGUAUUAUAAUACGUGUUUCUCGAAAUUCCUUUCGUGCGAAUGCGUUCACCGAUCGAGCCGGAUGUGGAAACCGAUUGCUUCAAGGCCGCGGAAAUUAUGUCCUGCGUGUCCGAUCCGAUUGUGCCUAAUUUUACGUUUCGAGUUAUGCUUUCGAAUUUCGUCCUUGAGUUCGAUGACCGCCCACGGUAGUCCGAUAAUUGAAGCGGUGGGACGGAUCGCGUGACCUUGAACAAUCGGAUUCGGGUUCGGCUCGAACUUUCGAUCGAACGAGAACAUACACGUGAGAGAGAGAGAGAGAGAGAGAGAGAGCGAUUUAAUCGAUGGAGCAUCGAAUUGUUAUUGAAGAGCGAGAAGGAGAGAUAAUUGCACUUUUUAGAGGGUGGGGUGGAGAGAGAGAGAGAGAGGUUUGAGAAUGUUGAAAAGAAUUUUCCGCAGCGAGAUUUAUUUUCGUAGAUGUUUUUUGAACGCGACGUUUCAGCUCCUCGCCGCGCCCCAUCGAGCCCCCCGCAUUAUGUCAACGAACAUGCCUACUUCUAGUCCGAAAUUGCUGUCUCGUGGAAGCCGGUUCGAAAUUCCGAUUUUUCUCUUACUUGCGUCAAUCAUAUCGGCGAGGAGUUGAAGCUGCGGCGUUGUCGAAGAGAUAAACAGAGGGGAAAGAGAGAGAGGAAGGGAAGGAUUAAACGAGAGAGAUAACGAAAGAGUGAGACAGAGCGUUGAUUCUUUGAAUGGUGAUGGUAGUCCGUUACGUUUUGAGCUUCGUUGAACGAUUGUUUGUUUAAACAGCGACUCGCGAAUUUAUUCUAAACCGUAGAGAUAACGUUCUACAGUAAAUGACAAAUCGAAAUUCCGUUUGAAGUGACACGGAGGGUGUGGCUUCGAAAGCCAAAAUUACGAUUGGUCACACCCUAGAAUCUUACCAUCUGCUAAAAACGUUGUAUGAAAAAGGUCUUUUUACAUUUUCGAAUCGAAUUUUCGCGUGAUUUCUGUCGAUCCCUGUAUUAUAAAGGACAAAUGGUUUCAACUUUUGCACUCGAAGCUGUUUCAGAAGGCUUUCUUUUUUUACAAAAAAUAUGAAAUUGGGCACUUUGUACAAUACAAUAGGAGAUUUAAUAACUUGGAAA